CGAGCGAGCGAGCGAUCUCCAUCCCCAACCUCAACAAUCCCCUUCCCUUCCCCCAUCGCGCGAUGCUGGUGGAGUGUGGCGUCGCGACCUAGCCCUAGCCCUAGCGCCACCGCCACCGCCACCGCCACCGCCUGCUCGCUCGCUCGAUUCCCCGGCUCCCCGUCGCUACCUCGCUACCUCGCCGCGCCGCCACAGCCGCCGGCGCCGUCUCUCACCGGGAUCGGGACAACAAGCGCCGCGCCGUUCAGUCAGGCGACGGGGGCGUGCGUCUCCGCUCUCUGGGGGGCCUCGACGUCGCCUCGCCGGUGUUUCGGAAGACCGUCGGCCUGGUUGGUAUCUCUGAUUGCUUGAUUACUGCUAGGGAAUGGAUGGGUGGAUGUCGUCGACGGGGUGGGUUUAGCUUUAGCGGAUUAGCGCGUAUCACAUCCCCUGAUUCCAGUCGAGUAGACAGGAUAAUAGCAGGUGGAGGGUUUGAAUUUUUUAGUUAUAUAAAAGGAUACCUUACGUUGGUGCUGUUUGAUGGAUUGGUAGAGGUGGUGCUAUUCUUCCCUUCAUCAGAAUGUCAAGCGGCUUGCUUCGUGUGUAGAUUACUACUAGUAUUUUUAGGGUUUGGGUGCCUGCUAAUGUCACCGAAUAGGUUUCGUUAGCUUCUUAUUAAUGUUUUUAAUGCACUUUGUCGCGAUAUGGAUAGCGAGAACUGCUAUUUGUGCCGUUUUGAGAUGGUGUGUGUAAUUUACUAUGUCGUUAUGGGAUGUUUUUUUUUUUGUCUAUUCCUUUGGCUCACGUGUCCCUCCUGCUGCAAUACUCAUUUUUGUUUGUUGGAUGAUCAGUUGUUUGAACCGCUUACCUUUUUUAUAGGCGCAUAUAAAAGUGAUUUGGUGGUCCUGGAGUAUUCAUUUGGUCAUGUAUUCUAUAUUUUGGAAACUUAAGUUUUAAUGGAUUAAUCUAGUGGAGGAUGUAGUCAAGAAUUUUCUUUUGUUGGUUCCUAAGAGAUUUCUUGGCUCGCAAGUUGCAACGCGAAUUGGGCUCUCAUGUAUUUUACUAUUUUAGAAAGCUUUUAAUUAUCACAGAUAUAGUAGCCGAACAGAUUGGAUAUAGCUGUGUAUUCGAGACAUCUGUUUGUUAUCUUAUACAGGGCAUGCUCCGCCACUGAAGUCAAAAUGUAGGGAGAUCUGUUAAGUUGUAUACCAUAUUAGGCUUAGUUUAUUCUUUUAUCUUUCUCCAUUUGUUCUGCUAGGAACUGAGCUAUCCCAUGGCAUCACCACAAGAAUCCAAUUCCUUGUGCUUGAAGCGCAAGCUUGUUGAUGACUGCCUGUCAAAAGAGUGCAAGUCUCGUCGCAUCAAAACUGAGAAGGGACCAUCAUCUGAUUCAUCUGCCAAGCGCUGCAAAUGCUGUUGCACUCGACCUAACCUUGCCAGUGAUUGUGUCAAUUACCUAAAAAGUGGAGUGCCCAGCCGUGUUAUGUUUUACAAACAGGGUUCUUGGCACAAUUUUCCUGAGCAGAUAAUGAAGUCUCUCAUUGAAGAAUUUAGAAGCAAUAAAUCUAGUGUUGUUGCUGUGAUGGACGAUGAGCCUGUUCUUGUUGAUUUCUUGUCGAUGACCCUGGUCAACCUAAAAUCUAGAAAGCAGCGGUCUGUGGCAUGGUUUGAUGACACUGGGAAGUGCUUUUAUCCUUCUCUAUUCUUUGAUGAGGAAGCUGAUGAAGUGGCUAAAGUAGGCGGUGAUUUUGAGGGCGCCACACAGGGAAUAAUGUUGGAUAAGGUUGCAAAUUCUCCACCAGAAGUGGUGAAGCAAGUUGUCCUUGAAUCUAGUCCUCCAGUUCCACAGAAGCCUGCCACUGCAGACAUAUUACGCAAAAAGAUCGCAUCUGUGGAACGAGGCAGUGAAGGCUUUCUUUUUGCGCAGGACCUUUUCCUCUCUGGCAUGGGUCCAUUUGCAACGCCAAAUAAUAUACUGCACAUCCACCGCUACUCUCCGAAUGAUAUCACUGCACAGUGUAGACUUCAAGCUUUUGAAAAACAAAUGAUGUCCACCAAGGAAGAACGUGGUGAUGCAAAUGUAAGGUAUGGAUGGCUGGGAUCUAGGAAGAAUGACAUAGUUAGGAUCCUAAUUAAUGGUUUUGGUAACAAUGGAAAACCUGCUGAGAAGGCAGGCUUGAGUGCUGGUGUUUAUCUUUCACCAGAAGACCGAGCAUUUUCCAGUGUUGGUCUUUGUGAUGUUGACGAAAAAGGAGUGCAAUAUAUGUUGCUCUGCCGGUUGAUUUUGGGGAACAUGGAGGCUGUCAUGCCUGGAUCACAAGAUUCUUUUCCAAGCAGUGACAUAUAUGAUUCUGGUGUUGAUGAUUGCUCAAAUCCAAAGUGCUACGUCAUGUGGCCAUCUCAUCUUAGCACCCAUAUUCGUUUAGAAUAUCUUGUUAGUUUCAGGCUUUCCUCGAAAGUUCGAAAUUAUUUACUUGGUUUGAAGGGUUUAUGGUUUCACCCAUCACCAAAGGAAGUUGCGGUGGAUAUUUCUACUCUUGUACCUGUGAGGCAACCUAGUUUUCUUCGUUUCUUCUUUUCCAUUGACACUCUGGUUUUCCAGCUAGAUGUGCAUGUACUGCUAACAGUGAUAAUGAGUGGAAAUGCUGAGGGACCAACUUCCCCUUGGAUAUCCUUCAGAGUUCUUUUUGCCAUGAUUCAAGAAAAUAUAUCAUCGGUAGCAAGGGAAUUGCUCUUCCAUCAUUAUGAAGAGCUGAAGGAAAACAAAAUAACUCGUGAGGAGAUGGUAAAGCAAAUGAUAAUAUUAGUUGGAGAGAAGUUGCUUUUGGAAACCUUGAAGAGGCUUCAUUACUGUCCAUCAUUAUGGUAUAAAUCUGCUGGCAAAAUAGCAUCUUCUGAUCCUGCGAGGACAGCUGCAGAAGACAGGUCUUUGGAUCAAACUGGGAAUUGUUCAUUAAUUGUUAGUGUUGCGCAUGGUGAUUCUCAUGCCCCAAAUGCAGUAGCUGAAAACAGCACCAGUCUUUGCACCAAAGGAUGUGAUACUCCUGCAACAGGCAUGAUUUCCAAGGGCUAUGAUUCUCUGGCACCAAAAGGUGUGCCGGAAACUUCUACUUCUGUCGGCCCCGUACAUGGGGCUUCUCCAAGUGUGGAACCCAAAGUGAGGGAUUCUCCUAUACAAACCGUUUUAUCAGGAAACAUUGCUACUGAUUGUGCCAAAAGGCAAGAUCCAUUGGUAUCAAGAGUGGCACCUGUAGCUCAUAAUGGCCUUUUAAGGAUGCCAUCUGGAAAAUCAGCAUCUCUCGCAGCGCAAGUUUGCAAUUCUGUUAGACCAAGCACAGGACCUUCAGGUCGUGCUUCUACAGAACCAAAUAAUGCCUCUAAAAGUUGUGGGAUUUUUGCUCCGGGUAUCAGGCCAAAGGGUGGUGAAUCUCUUGUUCCUAGUUUGGCAUUAGGAAAUUCCAAAUAUGCAGGUGUAGAAGGUCUCAAUUCUGCACCAAGAGCGACACCUCCGGGUAUUAGGCCAAAGGGCGGUGAAUCUCUUGUUCAUGGUUUGGCAUUGGGAAAUUCCAAAUGUGCAGGAGCAGAAGGUAUCAAUUCUGCACCAAGAGUGACUCCACUGGGUAUCAGGCCAAAGGGCGGUGAAUCUAUUGCUCCUAGUUUGGCAUUGGGAAAUUCCAAAUGUGCAGGUGCAGAAGGUAUCAAUUCUGCACCAAGAGUGACUCCUCCGGGUAUCAGGCCAAAGGGCGGUGAAUCUAUUGCUCCUAGUUUGGCACUGGGGAAUUCCAAAUGUGCAGGUGCAGAAGGUCUCAAUUCUGCACCAAGAGUGACACCUCCCGGUAUCAGGCCAAAGGGCGGUGAAUCUUUUGUUCCUAGUUUGGCAUUGGGAAAUUCCAAAUGUGCAGGUGCAGAAGGUCUCAAUUCUGCACCAAGAGUGACACCUAAAGACAAGGAGUUUCUUUCAUUGAGUAUUUCAUCACAACAAAGCCCAGUUCUUAAUUCAGGUAAAGGCCAUGAUGGGACAUCAGGUGCCGCACGUCCAGUACAUGCACCAGGGCAUGGAAAUCCUAAAGCUUUGGCCACUGAGGCCCGUGGUUCUCUAUCUCUGAGUAUUGCACCGAAUGUCCAUGACCCUCCAGCAUCAAGUAAGGAGCCUAAGGACGAUGCAUCUCCAAUAGCAGGCAUGGUCUCAGAAAGCCAGCACUCUCAAGCACCUAAUGCAGUCACCAAGGGGUAUAAUGCUCCCACACCCAUACCUAAGGAGUCAAAAGGCCAGCAUUUACAGAGUGGAGUGCACAGUCAAUCGUCUGGGCCAGACGAUGCUAGCAGCAGCAAUGUCGCUCGGGCAGCUGAUACCAUCGUCGCCCUAUCAACUCUUCGAGAGAAGGGCAGGUAGAUGUUGCAGCCCCUUGUGCUGAUCGCUCUUUGCUUUUUGCUGGGCCGUUCUCUAGUGCUGUACAUGUGAUGUGAAUGUUAUACACCGUCCUGCCCAAAAAGCGUUUACCGUCGUACCAUGGUCCAUGGGUCGGUCCGUUUAACUUAUAGGUGGUGUAAACCGGUUGGAUGGAUUCGUUUGUUGUAGGUUACCUGUCACCUUGUCGACUUGAACGUGAAUCGUUGCACAUCCCUGGCAGUAAACUUUGUCAUGGCUGGUAUCUUCGGUGUCCGUAUGGGUUGUGUUGCCUCGGUGUCCGUAUGGGUUGUGUUGCUUCGGUGUCCAUAUGGGUUGUGUUGCCGGUUUUCCAGUUAGCUAUACAUACCUGCCUAGUUCCCAUGUCAAA